AUGAAUAGUUGUCAUCCACCAACCGAUGAAAUGGCUGGAUUGAUUGGAAUUUACAUUUUUCAAGGUUGUUAUGGACUUUUAACCGUUGCCAUUUAUGCAUUAAAUAUCAGAGCUCUCCAACAUCAUAAAGCAAAUAUUGAUAAAUCAUUUAGUCUUUUAUAUACUUGUUGUGCGGCGCUUAGUAUUACCUACUUUUUGGACCAUUUUUUGAUUCGACGUUUCGUGAAACUUGGUUUCUUUUGUGAAUUCAUUUUAGAGAAAUUUAAAGAACCAAAUUAUUGGAUGAUGCCUUAUAAAACAGUUGCUUCCUACUGUCCAAUUGCAAUUCUCGUCUUCCAUACAUUGAUUGCUGCUCACAGAUUCUCAAUUGUUGUUGCUCCAAUCAGAGGGAUUCAGAUUUGGGAUCAUUAUAGACGAGUUUUUGCAAUUUUUGGAUUCUUAAUCCCUUUCAUUUUCAUGUGGUUUAUGGUACCUUGUAAGAGUUAUGCUAAGUUGGAUUCAGAAGGAAACGGAGGAUUGGAUAUUGAAUACGACAAAGUUUUCAGUUUUAGUUCAUCGUUAUUCGCUGCAAUCGCUGCAGUCUUCUUUGGUCUUCUGACUCUUUUUCUCACAUUUGGAAUGUUGAUAGUUUUGGUGAAUCUGAGUUUGAGGAAACUUGGGCAAGCUGAAAUCAACUUGAUAAUUUUCGAAAUAUUCAUGACAGUUUUCACAAUGAUUUACGCAUUUACACAGGGAAUCCUCUAUUAUUCAAUUUAUAUUGCUAAAGACAUGGAACUGAAGUCAAUUGUAAUUCAGUUUCGUACAUUUGCUAUUGAUAUUUUCAUACUUCCGCAAGCAUGGACUCUCUUAUUUUUAUCAACUACUGUUCGUCGUUCAACUCUUCGUAUUUUUGGAAAGCAUCUAGGCAUUGAAUUCCUAUCGACCGAUAUAGAUAAUCAAAAAAUCACAAGAAUGAACUCAACUGCUCCGCCUACCUAUUCUCUGCAAAAGAGUGUUGUGCUCAAUAAUAAUUUUACUGCUCCUAAAUAA